AUGUGCCAAACAGAAGGUUUCCAGUCAUACACCUGCGCUCACAAGUGGAUGUCGAUUGUCAAGCCCUGCAAUCCUGGAGCAGGGUUCAGCUCGAGCAACUACCACAAGUACACACCCACUCGGAACGGACCAUUUGUUGCCAGGUUCGUCGCCGCCACUGCAAACUCAUGCCCCAGCUGCGACAAAAAUGGGGCCUACGAUGGGAAUAUGACAAGGAUGGCGAUAGAGAAUCCCGCGCAAUUUGGUGGGCUGGGAAACGGGUAUACUAUGACGGACGGUAGAGGCAGCAUCCUGCCCUACGGCCAGGGA